AAAAAAAAGAAAGUUUCCAAGAUGGCGGCGUGGAGCUGCAGGUCCGCUGGAAAACAAUAGAAGCAGCAGAGGCACAGUUAGCUGCUGCUUAGCUGCUGCUCACCGAGCAGCCUCCGCCUCGCUGCCGCGCACACCCGCCUCGGCCCCGGGGAGGCUUAUCCUUCAGCUCGGGACAAACACGAUGAGAGAAUGGCGCUUCAUUUAAAUGUUUGAUGCUAGUCGAGCUACCGUUCCCCCGAACACAGCGUUAGCAGCUAGCGGCUAACGGCUACACGGAGGCGGAGGAUCAGCUGUUAGACAGAUGCUGUAGGAAGAGCCGCAGCUUCGCUUUCACACGCGGUGAUGGAGAGGCUCCGCCGGAGGAUCGAACUCUUCCGGCAGCAUCACAACAGCUGCGAGAACCGCUACGAGAACGCGACGCUGGAGCGGCGGGAGCUGGACAGACAGCAGACCUUCGCCCUGCACCAGCGCUGCCUGCAGGCCAAAGCCAAGAGGUCCAACAAGCACCGGCAGCCCCAGCCCAGCGGAGAGCAGGCCGGCCAGAGGGCGCCGGGAGGCGGCGGAGGAGGCAGCGCGGAGCUCGCGGAGAGCGGAGGGACCGCGGCGGAGCAGAGCCGGAACAGCACCCUGAUGGCGCUGCAGGAGACGGUAAAGAGGAAGCUGGAGAGCGCUGGUUCUCCGUUGGGCAGAGAACAAGUCAACGGUUUCAGUGACGGGUUCCCCCCCAACAAGAAGGCCUGUCUGGACAACGGCACAACUAACGGCUCCCCGCUGGACUCCAAGCUGGGGAUCAGUGACUCUCUGACCUCUAACGGGAACCAUGGGCCGACGGGGGAGUCGACAGACAGCGGUGGCGAGCCAGGUUUGGACUUCCAUCGGAAGGAGAUGAAGCAGGAGCCAGAUGACAUCCUGCCCAUCAUGCCGCCAUCAGGAGGAGGUAACAACAGCCUGUUCCCUGACCUCAACCUGAAUGAGCAGGAGUGGACGGAGCUGAUGGAGGAGCUAAACUGCGCCGUGGCGUAUGAGGACAUUCAAGACAUUCUCAACGACGGCUUUGAGGACCGCAAAGACCCUCUAGAGCUGGCACCAACUCCGGGUGGUGGUGGGACGGUGGGGGGAGGAGCAGGAGGUGGUGUGGGGGGCCAGCCAUCCCAGGGACUACUUCCUCCAGAUCUGGUGAGUGUGAAGUCGGAGUUCUCUCCAGCCUCUGCAGUUUUUGAGCAGGACUCUCGCACCGGCUCCCCCCAUGUAAGGUCCACCUCCUCUGGGCCGCCUCCUCACCCCACCAGCUCCCCCAUCGCUUCCUCCUCUGCCUCUUCUCCGGCUCUGCCCCCUUCCCAGCCUGCUCCCAACCCCAGGCAGCUUCAGCCUCCCCCCAACCAUCUCCUCCCUCCGGGGCCCCAGGUGCCUAAAGAUCUGUCCCCUGCUCAGCAGCUCCAGCAGUUGGCAGCCCAGCAGCAGAGAGCGCAGCACCUCCAUGGCCAGAUGCACAAACAACAGCCGGGGGCCAAGUUCCAUAACCAGGGGCCCCGUGCCCACCCUCCACCUUGGCCCCAGAUGGCCAACACCUCUCAGAGCCCACUAGGGGGAGCGUUUGUUAUGGACAAACCCACGAGUCCCUCCUUGUACCCACAGGACUUCAACCCAAACGCCCAGAAGCAGCUGCUGAUGCCCGGUCAGCCCAACAAAGGCUCUCCCAAGGCGGGGCCUGGCGGCUACAUGCCGGGGCACGGCGGGCACCCCAACAUGCUGGGUCACCCGACGUCAGGGCCUCCUCUCAGCCACCCGCCCGCCCCUGGACCUCAGACCCAGGCAGCAAUGCUGAACUACAACAACACCAAACCCUUGUCACACUUUGAGGCGGGGCCCGGGCCCCCUCGGCUCCCCAACACCCAGAGCCAAAACAAGGCGGCCCUGCUGACGCUGCUCAGACAACAACAACAGAUCAAACAGAAAAACAGCAUGAACUUUCGCCAUCAUAUACCACACACACAGGUAG